AAGAGUAAUCAAAGUGGUAAAAAAGAAGAAGAUGGAAUGCAGAAAACACAACCACCAAGGGAACAGAGGAGUAUGCCCUUCUUGUUUAAGGGAUAAACUCUCUCGCUUACCCAAUACGACUUCGUAUUACGUCCUAAACCGAUCUGACCCUUCUUCUUCCUCAUCUACAACCGUUUCGUCUCCUCCGUCGUGGCCGGCGGCGGUUAAGGAUCACCACCGGAGAGCAGGUUCAAUGUCGAUGUCGUUCGCUGUGAGGGAAGCGUUGAGUGGUAAUCUGAUUGAAGCUUUAGGUGGAGGAUUGAAGAAGAGCAGAUCUAUGGCUCAUGUUCCCAAGGAUUCGUAUAUCGUUAGGGAUUCGAAGAAGAAGAAGAGUAAGACGACCACGACGACGGAGAAAUUGAAAUCCACGACGGCGAAGAAGACUGGGUUUUGGACGAAGUUGCUUCAUCUCAAAGGGAAAGGCGGUGGAGCCGACGCCGGAGGAUUGGUUACGUCACGGCAAAGAGUUUAUUAAAUGACCGAAUUUAGUUUUUUCCUUUUUUUUUUUCCUGAAAUUUUAUUUUUGAUGUGUACAGUUACAGUCUUACAGAUAACAGAAGGUCAAAUGGAGGAAAAAAUAAAUGAAUAAUUGAAAAUAGAGACUGGUUUGUAUUGUACUAGGAUUUCUCACAAAUCGAAAUUUGACCAAAGAUACGUAAAGAGCUCUGAAAUUUCCUGGUAUCUGACCAACCAAUUACUCA